AUGGAUAUUCACAAAGAAGGAGCUCAAAGAAAUCCAGGGAAAAUCAUGUUUGAUAACACACAAUACCCUUAUAACUGCUUUAAUUAUGAUGGAGAUGAUUACCCAGCCUGCACUUCAGACGAAGAAAAAAGAUUCACCAGACCUGCUUACAGCUACAUAGCUUUAAUCGCCAUGGCCAUUCAGCAGAGUCCUUCCCACAAGGUGACCCUUUCUGGCAUCUACGAUUUCAUUAUGAAGAAGUUCCCAUACUAUCGGACGAAUCAACGCGCCUGGCAGAACUCCAUUCGUCACAACCUGUCUCUCAACAGCUGUUUUGUCAAGGUUCCCCGAGCAGAAGGCCACGAUAAGGGGAAAGGAAACUACUGGAGCUUUGCAACCGGAUGUGAAUCCAUGUUGGAUUUGUUUGAAAAUGGGAAUUACAGGAGGAGGAGGCGGCGGAGUAUUGCUGGACCCCCAAUUUGA